AUGUACUUCGUCCAGCCUGUGGACUAUAUCCAAAACUCGAGGAUGGAGUCAAGUCCUCUUGCCCAGUUGGGGUACUUUGCAAAGCUUCCCACAGAAAUUCGUCUGCUAUUGUGGGAGGCUCUUUUCCGCCUUAUUCCCCCCAAGUCAGACCAUGCGAUCGAGCAUUCGCCAAACACCCUAUCCAUUCUCUGCUGUAGUCGGUGCCUCCACAACGAGAUUGUAUAUCAUUUCUACAGGGAUGUGAGAUGUGUGUUCUUGAUAUGCCCCCGCGAACCCGACAAACUCGGUAUCAGACUGCAACUUGAGUCCAGAUGGACUAUAGUUGAACGAGACUUGUAUGACAUCCAGACUGUACGAAACGUUCUUGAACACUUCCCUCGCCCUGAAAUGCGGGGUAACAAGAUAUAUGUCGAUAUUCAAAGCUCAUACAGCAAUGACCCCGGUAGAAUCAUUCUGCUGUCAGAGAGGGUCAACAAAUUGGUUCAAGUCCUGAAGGAAUUAUCGUACAUUCCAUCUGUGCAUGUGGAGUUGAUCGGCAGAUGGCAUCAUCAGAACGGGAAAGCAAGGGAGAGCAUACAUAAUUUUGAGGAAUACCGUCCUGAUUAUGACAUUGUUCUUUUACCCUUUACUCGAUUAUCAGAUUGGGAUUAUUAUCUACCAGACGAUCUCUCAACUGUCAUAUCAAAUGAGACCAAACUCUCAAACGAGCCGAUCGCAAGGAGAUCCAUGGUAUCGCUUCUCAGAGAGCACGCCAUCAAGCUCAAUGGGAAUCAAGACUGCCUCAAUACAGAAUUUGAUCUGCUUGAUUCAAACUGGCUUUUUGAGCAAUGGCUGACGGACACGCGAAUAUUCCUCGACACAAGACUCGACACCCUCCCAGGAGAAACGGCGAGGCUUCUCCGCCGCCGGAGAUUUGCAAAUUGGUUUGAAGAUGGCGAUACCUGGAAGUCACAGUACGAAGAAAAGUUUCUCACUGAUAUCUCCAGCAACCUGAGAAUUCUCCUGAAGCAUGACCCUCGCCUCGGCCAAGCUCGGUUGCGACAUCGAUAUGCUGUAUUUACGCACCAUCAAAUCUGCGCAGCGCAGGAUGAACUGAGUUCACGUGAAUUACCAAUUUGUCAACCCUGGAACUCUCGUCUCUGGGCGACUACUAGACCGAAAGGCCUGAAGGCAAUAUCAUGCGCGGAAAUCAUGACGCCGGAAGCAAUGAUAGUGUAUGACAUCUACACUUUCGUGAAUAAAGAUAUAGCCCAGUUUUCACGAGAUUUGCAUUGGUGGGGUGUGGAUUCGAAGGAUAUUUUUGAAAAGAGGAAGCCGUGGUGGUUUUCGUGUGUGGGGUGUCAAGAGCUUGGAAGACCCUGUCGCUGGUGUGAGGAAUAUGAUGUGGACAAGGCAUGUCGACUUUGCCGGGAAGGAGGAUUUGACAAGACGGGCCAUGUUGUGCUAGGGAAAUUCAACCGACAAUAA